GAAAGUUUUCCGACAAGAAAGAAUAUCAGUGAUUGAAUGCUCUCAAAGCAGAAUUUAGCCCGCAGAGAUAAAGAAUCUAGCUUUGAAUAGAAGAAUGUACAGUUGCAGAGAGAGAUGAUGAUUUCACAAUGCAGUCUUCCUCGAAGAAAUGCAGUUCAAAUUGAAUAUGACUCUGAUUUUCUUAUCUCCUACUUUCCUAAUCCUUUCCAAUUCCAAAUGUGACCGCGCUUCAUCGAUCCCCUUUUCUAAUUGAUUGUCCGUUACAAAUUCUCUCUCUCCUCAAUUUUGUACCGACACUUCCUAAUUCCGCGUUUUUGGUGGAAAUUUAGCUGUUGUUUUUUUAAUCUCUAAAGAAGAAAGGUGAGUUUGAGGUGAUGAUGGUGGAGGAAGAAGGGGGAUCGCCGGAGAAGGGGGAAAUUGGGGACGAGUUUGAUUUAUUAGAAAUUGAUACUCUUUGGAGAAUCAUGGAAGAGCCUUCUAAUCCUCCACUGGUUAAUUCUGUCUUCAUUUUUUCACCUUUGAUUUUAUUGGUGGAAUUUUGCUGAAAUUCUAAAUGUAGCUGUAAAAUUGAAGGGUUUUGGGGUUUGUGAUUUGGUGUCAGUGAAUAGCUUGAUUUGGAACUUGUUGUGAUAUGUGAAGUUUGGUUUUGGUGCAAUUUUGUGAAUGAUGUUGCAGGAUUUCUUGUUUCCUGAGUUCAUAAAAGACCAUUGCAUUGUGUUCAAUCCAAGCUGAACAGUGUACCAUUUGCAAGAUCUAGUGGCGACAUUUUCCGACUGAAUUGGGGCAUUCGUUGGCCCGUCGGGAUAGUGUUCACAAAACUGUCUCAAAUGGCUUUUCUGCAUUGUUUCCCAUCAUUUUAACAUCUGGUUUUUCCUUGCAUUAUGACUCCCUGCCAUGCUGUUAAUUUUCACGGUGGCAUGUCAAUCAUAUGAUCUUAUUUGAACAUAGAAUGUUGUUUUGAUUUUAACAAUGUUACUUACAAUUUGCAGGAUAAUAGGUUGGCUAAUUUAUCUCGUGUUAAUGACUUUACAGGUUGGAAUGCAAACUCCUGAAGACAUGUUCUGGGUUAACGACAUGCAUAACUCUGAAGCCUCGGAAUCUAAAAGGGGGCUUUUAGACGGUUUUGUGGAAUCUGCUUGGAAUCCCUGCAAUCCGGAUGGUGAAAUGCUUGGACCUGCACCCCAGUUUAGUCAAGGCAAUGGCUAUUUCGAUGUGCCUGAGAUACUGUGUGCAGAAGACAAGAUUGGGCCCUCAGAAUCUAGGUGGGAACCUUCCAACAGUUUAGUGAAACAUGAUUGGAAUUCCAGCUUACGUUAUUCUGAAAUGCUUGAGCCUUCAUCAUCCCAGAUUAGUCACGAUGAUAAAUUUUCCUAUACGGAUAUGCAUGGUGGUUUUCACUAUUCCUCACCUUAUUACAACAACAAUUCCGAGGAAGCUCCUUUUGAGACACCAAGUCACAGAGAACAAUUUGAUUUGAAUAGUCCUUAUAUUGUUCAACAGUCUUCUGAUGAAAAAGGAGAUGACUUAGCUCCGGUUGAAACACCCAACUACACUGGAACAUCUUCCUGCAAUAGUUUCCGUAAUGCUAUUCAUAACCAUGAUUUUUCAGAUUUCUGCCAAGUGAAUCGUUUUCAAAUAAAAUACCAAGAUAUGCCUGCCAGUGGAAAUGAGACCGAAGAUCCUUCUAAUAUCGUUGCCAGAGCUUCUGAAGUCAAUUAUGUCAGUAAUGGGGGCCAAGGCACUGAGUGGUCAUCAUGUAUGAAUUACGGUAUCAAUUCAAAGGUUAAAACAGAGGAGCUUUUUCAGUUAAGGAGAACUCACCCUUCUCCUGGCAUGUCUGGUGCUAUUUCUGUUAAAAGUUCUCCCGCUGUUGCUAAAAAUCGGAAACCUGGCCUGGAGGUUUCAGAGCAUCCUGGAGUUAUGCCAUGCCCAUCAGUCAUCCCAGCAACUAAUAUGAUAAAGAUGGAAAAAGAGGUGCCAAAGUUCCACGACUGUCAGAGUAAGACAUCUGAUCAAAGCAACGCUGAUGAUGAUUCUGGUUUGCGUGUUCUUGAGGAUACGAGUGCUCCAGCACGUCCAAAUCAUGUUGCGAUGAAUGAAAGCUCGGUCGGCACUAAACAGGUUAUGACAUCUAGGAGCCCCUGCACCCAAAUGGUAAAAACACAUUCAAGGCGGAAACCAACUGACGAAAGAGUAAUUUUCCGAGUUGCAGCGCAGGAUCUUUCGCGGCAAAAAUUUGAAGCUUGUCCACCAGAUGGUGCUUUAUCUGUGUCCCUGCUGAAACACCAGCGAAUUGCUUUAUCUUGGAUGGCUAAGAAGGAAACAAGGAGUGCGUGUUGCUCUGGUGGGAUUCUUGCCGAUGAUCAGGGACUUGGAAAGACGAUAUCGACAAUUGCACUCAUUCUAAAGGAGAGGGCCCCUUUGUCCAAAGCUUCUAAAACUAAUGUGAAACAAGGUGUGACAGAAAUGUUUGAUUUGGAUGAUGAUGAUGGCGUUCUUGGAAAGGGCCAUGCUACCGAAGGAGCUGAGCAUAUCGUGGUUAAUGGAUAUCCUAUCAACAACUGCAAGAUACCUGUGCAAGCAAAGGGCAGGCCUUCUGGUGGCACCCUUAUUGUGUGUCCAACGAGUGUUCUCCGACAGUGGUCUGAAGAGUUGCACAACAAAGUAACUAAAGAAGCUGAUCUCUCUGUUCUAGUAUAUUAUGGAAGCAAUCGUACAAAGGAUCCACUUGAGCUGUCCAAAUACGAUGUGGUGGUUACAACAUAUGCAAUUGUGAGCAUGGAGGUGCCAAAACAGCCUGUUGUUAAUGAACAUGAUGACCUCAUAGGUUCCUCAUCAUAUAAAGACUACUCAUCUGGUGGAAAAAGGAAGCUUCCUGACAAGAAAUCCUCUAAGAGCAAGAAGAGUCGCAGUGGAAUCGACAAUGAAUUGCUUGAAAAUGCAUCUGGACCUCUUGCCCAGGUUGGAUGGUUUAGGGUUGUACUGGAUGAGGCUCAGAGUAUUAAGAAUCAUCGAACUCAGGCAGCUAGGGCUUGCUGGGGUCUUCGUGCUAAAAGAAGAUGGUGCUUAUCAGGGACUCCUAUGCAGAAUGCAAUAGAUGAUCUUUAUAGCUAUUUCAGAUUUCUUAGACAUGAGCCGUAUGCCGUCUUUGGGACUUUCUGUGAGCAACUAAAGGAGCCAAUCAGUAAGAAUCCGAGGGAUGGUUACAAAAAGUUACAAGCGGUGCUGAAGACUAUAAUGUUGCGUCGAACAAAAGGUACUCUUCUUGAUGGGGAACCGAUUAUUGAUCUCCCGCCAAAAACUAUUGAACUGAAAAAGGUCGAAUUUUCUAAGGAGGAGCGUGAUUUCUACUGCAGCCUCGAGGCUGAUUCACGUGCUCAGUUUGCAGAAUAUCAAGCAGCUGGCACUCUGAAACAGAAUUAUGUCAACAUAUUAUUAAUGCUUCUACGACUUCGACAAGCUUGCGAUCACCCUCUUCUUGUUAAAGACUACAGUUCUACUGCAAAAAAUACUUCAUCAAUUGAGACUGUAAAGAAGCUUCCUCCGGAAGAACAAAGUUUCCUUCUAAAUUGUUUGGAAGGUUCUUUGGCAAUCUGUGGAAUUUGCAAUGAUCCCCCCGAGGACGCUGCUGUAACUGUAUGCGGACAUGUCUUUUGCAAUCAGUGCAUAUUGGAGCGUAUAUCAGGUGACGACACCGAGUGUCCGGCCAAGAAAUGCAAAAAGCCUCUUAAUAUGUCUAAGAUAUUUUCUGUAAUCACACUACGGACUGCUAUGUUUGGUCAACUGAGUACAGAAAGUACUGCCGACUGCCCUGGUUCUGGAGUCGCUGACUCUUCUGUACCUCAGAUAUUAAGAAGUCCUCAAGGUUCUUCCAAAAUCAGGGCUGCUCUCGACAUCUUGUUGUCCCUCUCUAAAGCACAUGAUUGUGCCACAAAAACGGGUUCCUCAGAUAAUAUCGGAGGAGGCUAUGACUCAGAAAAUUCGCGUAGUGAUUCUGGGGAUGAUAGCAGAACAUCGAACGUACGUAGAGACCCGAACAAUUCGGUCGAGGCUGUGGGGCAGAAAGCCAUCGUGUUCUCCCAGUGGACUGGGAUGUUGGAUUUGCUAGAAUCGUGUUUAAAAAGUAAUAACAUUCAGUAUCGUAGACUUGAUGGUACAAUGCCUAUUGGUGCUAGAGAUAGAGCCGUUAAAGACUUCAAUCUUCUUCCCGAGGUUUCUGUUAUGAUCAUGUCUCUGAAAGCAGCGAGCCUCGGACUGAACAUGGUGGCAGCUUGUAAUGUGCUCCUUUUGGACCUAUGGUGGAACCCGACGACUGAAGAUCAAGCUAUAGAUAGAGCGCAUCGUAUCGGGCAGAAACGCCCUGUUUCAGUUUAUCGGCUAACUGUGAAGGACACAGUGGAAGAUCGCAUUUUGGCCCUACAGCAAAGGAAGAGGAGGAUGGUUGCAUAUGCAUAUGGAGAGGGCGAAACAAGCACGAAACAGAGUCGACUCACAGUGGAAGAUCUGAAGUAUCUGUUUAGGGGUGAUUAGGGAUGUUAUUGAGGUUGGCUCGACUCGUAUUCUUUCUGCGAUUCCUUCUUUAUUGGUUAACGACAGCUGAAGUGGUAAUGAAGCUCUAGCAUACUGGGAAUAUUUUCAAAGAUUUUGCCAGGACUGAGAUGAUCUGAUUUUUUGGCCCACUGAUUUUGCUUUUGAGAGUUCACUAUGUAUAUGAAAUACUACUAGCUUAGAUGCAUAUCAAUUGUAGGAGUACAUGUCAGUCAGUGGCUCUUCUUCUUCCUUGUAGGGUGGGAAAUAUACUCAUUUUUGUUCCUUGUACUGGAUAUUUGGGAUGCUUUUUCCUUAUUGCCCUAGAUGAACUUGAUUUCACAUUUUCA